AUGUCGUCCCAGCAUUUGUACACACUAGCAGAUCAACUCGGCGCAUUCGAUGCUGACAUCGAUUUGGACCUCAAGAGUACUCACGAAAUUGUAGAGAAACACGGUGAUAAAGAACUAUUUACAUACUCUGCUUUGAACUCGCCAAAUUUCUCAGAGGCAGGCACUCCGCCGAUCGAGUCAAGCUCGCGAUGGACGAUAGGAUGGGUUACGCCCAGCGCGAUUCUGAGCUGUUUCUUGUCUGCUGUAACCCUAGCCAUAGCUCAUCUAGGCCUUUUCCGAUGGUUGAAUGGACGAGAAGACUACGGUCCACCUUUUGAUCAGCCGUUCGUUACAGGGCUUUCGUACUUUUUCGUAAACGGAUUCCGAUUACUUCUCGCGGCCUCGCUGGGUAUCUCGUUUGUUCAGAUGCAAUCCACUCCAACUGGGUCGGGUCAGUCUGUUUUGGAAAGCUCCGAUUCCAUUUCUAUGUGCGAUUGUGUUUUGGUGUCUUCCUAUCGCGAUGAAAACACAGUUUCUACGCUUAAUCCGACCUUUGGAUAUGGAACAUAUGACGGCAUGUUGGCGGCGGCAUUGUGGCAGACUGAUAAUCUCGGUGCUUAUGGCUGGGUCAACAGCACUUACCCUCAAUUCGAUGCUUUCGAAUAUAUAUACGUUGCACAUGCAAACAGCGCUGCCCUGGUUCAGCCACCAUAUAACUUCAACUUCCAGCUUGCAUGGUCCAAUGGUGGUAUGUCAGGGACUUUCCAGAAUCUAAGCUGUACGACUUAUGAGGCUGUGUACACGUUUCACAUUGACUAUAAGGAAGGCCUUGAGACAGUCACGACGACGAAUAUGCAGCUGGGGCCAAUUUUGGAUAGUUCCAACCUCUACACUGAUUUUGGGAUGUUUCCUCAGAACGAAGGCAAUGCCACAGAUAAUCCGGUGGUGAAUGCUACUUCAUUAGGGAGCGGGGGAGGCAAUGUAACAGAUACCAAUAGAAGGGCCAAUAUGGCAGCAAUCCAGGACACAGUUGUUGACGCCUUGUCUGGGUAUAUAGACGCAUUGAUGAAUAUAGUACUCCACGCCCAACAAUCCGCCAACACACUCAUCGCCUUGACAGAUCUCUACUCCGGCACAACGACAUCCCCUACUUUCAACAUAACCGAAGAAUCAAUGCAACACCUACUCCAAAACAUUGUCAUAUCGAUGCUCACCCUCAACCAAUCGAAUACUCUAGCCAACGUCACUGUUUCGGAGAAUGUCAACGUAUUCUCCUUCAGCAACCCUGCACGCUUAAUAGUGCCCUAUUUCCUGUCGGCAUGUAUAUCACUCGCAUUCAUCAUCAGCGGUGGACACGCAUUGCUCAGUAACGGUAUCUCCGCGUCAACGGGGGGAGUAUUCCAGACCUUGUGCACGACUCGUGGAAGUGAUCGGCUAGGCGAUUUGGCUGCAAAGGGGUGUCUGGGUGGGAGGGAGAAUGUGCCUGAAGACUUGAAGAAUUUGAAGGUUAUGUUUGGCGUGUUUAAGAAUUCGGAUCAUUCGAGUAGCACUAAGCCCAUGGCUGGGUUGGGGACUGUGGAUGAGGUUAUUCCGUUGGUGAAGGGGGCUUUUUGA